AUGGCACUCCAUGUCCCCGAUGAUGGCAGCCUUUGCCGCGCCCGCACCGCUCUUCAAGAAUUAAACCUCUCUGACAAGCUAUCAGAAAUCACCGAUGUGGGCGGUCUGCCGUACGACACUGUACGCCCCAUCCUGAUGCGCAUUGACAAUGCCGCACAGCUGCACGCAAUCGAGACAAACUCCCCCCAUAUUGCCGAGUGGGACGAGGAGUGUUGGCGGCGGUUGAUAAAAAAACACUUUCCAGUCCUCGAGGCCCAACACCAGACCGUACCUCGAAAUCCGGCUUCCUGGCACAAGGUGUACGCACAGUAUGUCAAGUUCAAUGCUCAGGCCAAGGCCGAGGCCGAAGCCAAGCUGCGUGCUGCUUUUGCCGGCCUCCAGAAGAAAAAGGCAGAGUCGCAGAGUACAAUCGAGAGUAUCAGGUCAUUGCCUCGGCCUCCGCGGGAUGUCAGGCCGGUCGGCAGGAAGGAAGCUCAGGGCCGUAGGGGCGGCAGCAAUGAUACUGGUGAGCUUCGCUGGACAGCCGGCUCUCGAACCAAGACAACUACUGGAGCCAGCGUUAUGCGCAAGGUCAAACGUGAAGCUGCCGAGGUUGCCGCUCGCAACAAACUUGCAACGCCCAAUGGCCAGCUGGCUGUCCGCCAGGGCCAGAUCAAGCGCGCUCCACAAGGCAUGGUUCACGAGCAAGCCGUCAAGCGCAACCCUGCCCUCAAGGUCCGUCCGCAGCCAGUUCGCCGCCCGGAAGACGAUGCCCACGAUCGUGCAAUGAAGGAGAGGGAGGCAAGACUCCUCAAGCUCAAGGCAAAGGGUGCCAGCAUUCUCGAGGAUUCAGAUGUGGACGACGACGAGACGGAUGACGUUUUUGGCGGUGGCAGCGGUGGAGGAAGACUCAAUGUUGACGACUUGGAAGAUCUCUUCGACGAUGAAAAACCUGCCAAGACUCAGCGACCACAAAAGUCGGCCGCCCUUCCCGGCAAGAGGCUCUUGUCCAAUGCCCACGGAACGUCUUCACCUGCAAAAAUGUACAGAUCAGGAAGUACGAGCACCAGCACGAGCAAAACCAACCGCUCAGAAACCAAGCCGGUCACUCAGUCUCCCCCGACCAAAUUCUCAUACAUAUCCAACAGCCCACCAAAGUCUGCAACUCCCAUCAGUCCGGAGCCAAAGAAGAUGCCAAUGAAGCGCAAGGCUGUAGACGUUUUCAUGAAGCCCAAGCCCAAGGCUCAGCGUCGAUAA